GUACUGUUUUUUUUUUUCUUGGAGAAUGGUGAGUGAUCAAUGGGGAGUGAACAUGAAUAGCUCAUCGGAAGUCGAAGAUGGACAUGGACAGCGGGCUAAAUCGCAGACCUUCUGUGAAUGUGUACCCAGCUCGUCACAGCUCAAACACCGCUGGUCUGACUCAGACACUGUCAGGCAAACUGCUCCCAAGCAGAGGAUGAGCUGCAGUUAUCUGCUUUGCACCAUCCUCCUUUUUGUGGCUGUCCUGCUCGCCAUUACAGUAACAGGCACCAUUCUCUUCUUGAACCACUCCCAAUCUCCGGCUAUUUCUGACGGCCCACCACAUAUCACCACCAAUCAAGACGAGGCCAACGCCUUGGUAACUGUGGAGCGGGGUGAUGGCUCACGCAUCAACAUUUUUAUUGACCCAAACUGCCCUGAUUACAACAGCAAUUUCCUGCGAUUGGAAGGAGUGCAGACAUCGCUACUCCACUCACUUACCGAUCACGACUCAGACCUAAAGUCAGUCAAAGGCCAGGACCGUGCGCUGUUGGUCAACCUUGCUGAAGAAGUUGCAAAGCUCUCAGCACAUGCCGGCCAACUGAAGAUGGACUAUGAGUCUUUGAGGAGAGGGCAAAGCAACUUGGCACAGGAUCUGAACAUGCUACAAACCGAACAAGGAAAACUUAUACAGCUGCUUUCAGAGAGCCAGAUUAACAUGGUGAAGGUGGUGAACUCGAUCAGUGAUGCCUUGAACUCCAUGCAGAAGGAGAAUGGAGGUUUGAAGGCUCGUGUAAAGGCUGAUCUGCAAAGAGCUCCAGUCAGAGGAUCUCGUAUCAAAGGCUGCGCUAAUGGUUCCCGUCCUCGUGACUGUAGUGAUAUACAUGCAAGUGGUCAGCGGGAAAACGGUGUAUAUUCAGUGUUUCCCACUCAUUACCCUGCAGGAUUUCAGGUCUACUGUGAUAUGAGCACGGAUGGAGGGGGCUGGACUGUUAUUCAGCGCCGAGAGGAUGGGUCUGUGAAUUUUUUUAGAGACUGGGACUCUUACAGAGAGGGAUUUGGCAAGAUCACAGGAGAACACUGGCUUGGUUUAAGGCAGAUCCAUGCUUUGUCUAUCCAGGCGAACUAUGAGUUGAGGAUAGAUCUAGAAGAUUUUGAGAACAGUACAGCAUUCGCCCAGUAUGACAUGUUUGGAGUUGGAUUGUUCUCUGUAGACCCUGAGGAUGAUGGCUACCCGCUGACCAUCGGUGACUAUACUGGCACUGCAGGUGACUCCUUGCUGAAACACAACGGUAUGAAGUUUACAACCAAGGACCGUGACAACGAUCACUCAGAAAACAACUGCGCGUCGUUUUACCACGGUGCGUGGUGGUAUAACAGCUGCCACAUGUCCAACUUGAACGGACAAUACUUGCACGGCCAACACACCUCUUACGCCGACGGAAUCGAGUGGUCGUCCUGGACAGGCUGGCAGUAUUCACUCAAAUUCUCUGAAAUGAAGAUACGACCCACACGUGAGGAAAGGGAGAGCAAGUGAUCUUAUCAAAAACAUUUCUGGAAAUUAAAGGAAAAAUAUUGGGAAGCAUAUAUAUAUAAAAUAAAAAAAAACAUAUAUUUCAUAAAAAAUGUAGAAGACACUGAAAUUAACUAUCAUUGCUGACUGUGAUUGUGACGAGGAGAUAUCCUUUCAGUCACAUUUGUAUUUUGUCUGGUUUUGUUGCCUCAUUUGAAGAGAAAUCUCAAAUCAAGUGUAUUGUUAAUGCCACUGGAUUGACUGGUCAAAGCACGUAGAUAAAUCAGGAAGUGGGCAGUGAACCUUAAGAAAAAAUAUAAUAAUUAUAACUGUUUUCCUUUUGAGUUCAUUUUAUUUAAAUUUUCGUUAUGCCAUCAGUUCCAAUAAGAGGAAGGUGUUUUGGUUUUUCCUCAUAAGAAAGCAUCGGUUAUUAAUCUGAACAAAGUAGAAUGGAAAAGGGAGUGUCACAAAAAUUGGGGUAUUUGUUAAAAAAAGUAUGGAAAAGAUCAGGGGAUGGUUGAGAGUUUAUUAAAGCAGAUUGAGGUAUUCAUUUUUUGGCAGGACGUUUAUGUACAUGUUUGCUUAUCACUAUUACUGAUCAUGAGCCACUUUUUCACCUUCUUCCCUCACAGAUGGUGUGUGUGUGUGUGUGUGUCAGAACAGGGAGUUAUAGAAGUAAAAACAAGCAAAAGUAAUUAAAUCAAAUAACAGGGAAUACGAGCAGGCUAAUUCUGAUUGCAUC